AUGGAGAGGUCAAGAGUUACUCUCACUGUGCUUUUAUGUGUUUUGGUUUUCAGUCAGACUAAUGGAGCAGAAGUGGAGAUGAAAGUCAGACCAGGAGACAACAUCACUCUCUACUGUGAUCGCUCUCUAACUCUUGGUUCUGUCGUUGUAUGGAUAAGAAACUGCUCUCAUGAAAAUCAACCCUCUCUCAUAAUAGGUUUUAAGCAAUGGGGCCUGGAGAUAUUUCAGCAUUUCAGCUUUAUCCACAACAGCUACAAUAAUUCUUUUGAUCUGCAUAUUACUAACAUCAGUGUUUCUGAUCUGGGACUCUACUACUGUGUGGAAGAAGAGAAUAAGCUACAUGAAGAUGAACAAGGCAUCCUCUACUCAUCUAAGGUAUACUAUAAUGGAAACCGAACAAUUCGUCUCUCUCUGGAAGAAUCCACCUCUGCACCUCCUGACUGUGUGCUCUGCUGGACGCUGCUGUUCAGUGUGUGUCCGGUGUGUGUUCUCCUCUCUUCACUCCUGUCCUCCAUCUGUGUGUUCUGCUUCUGUCGGGCUCAAACUACAGGUUCUGCAUGGAGUGCAGAGAUAUUCACAGCGGAUGUUAAUAAGGGGGAUUCUAUGGAGAAUCAUCAGUGUGAGAUGAGUAAGAUGGGAAAGAUCUGCCUUCACACUGAAGCCUCUUAUAGACUAUUGACCUCUUCACAUCCCUAUGCCAAGAUGUGAUUCUGCCUGCUCAAUUUAUACAUACUACUGCAAACUUACUGCCUACUAUUGAUCACUCUUUUUGUGCUCAGCAAUUUCAGAUUUGAUUCUGAACUUGUGUUUUUCUUAAGCAUGCUUUUUUAACUACAUUUAGUAUGCAUGCA